AUGGCCCGAGGCGUCUCCGCGGACAAGGAGGACGUCCACGCCGCGAUCGCGAACGUGGACAAAGGGCUCUUCCCGAAGGCGUUCUGCAAGGUCGUCCCGGACCUUCUCACCGGCGACGAGGAGUACUGCGCGUGCAUGCACGCGGACGGCGCGGGGACGAAGUCCUCGCUCGCGUACAUGUACUGGAAAGAGACCGGGGAUCUGAGCGUGUGGAGAGGGAUCGCGCAAGACGCGGUCAUCAUGAACACCGACGACCUCCUGUGCAUCGGGUGCGUCGACAACAUUCUGCUGUCGUCCACGAUCGGACGCAACAAGUCGCUCAUCCCCGGGGAGGUCCUGAAAGCCCUCAUCGGAGGGACCGAGGAUGUGCUGACGACGAUGCGUGAGAACGGCGUCGGGAUCUUGUCCACGGGGGGCGAGACCGCGGACGUCGGCGACCUCGUUCGGACCGUGAUCGUGGACUCGACGGUCACGGCGCGCAUGAAACGCGCGGACGUGAUCAGCAACGACGCGAUCGCGCCGGGGGACGUCAUCGUCGGCAUGGAGUCGUACGGACAAGCGACGUACGAGAGCGAGUACAACGGCGGCAUGGGGAGCAACGGGCUGACGUCCGCGCGGCACGACGUCUUCGGGAAGUAUCUCGCGUCCAAGUACCCGGAGUCGUACGACGCCGCCGUGCCCGAAGAUCUCGUGUACUCGGGGAAGUACGUGCUCACGGACGUCGAACCGGAGACUGGGAUGACCGUCGGGAAGCUCGUGCUGUCGCCGACGCGGACGUACGCGCCGGUCAUCAAGAAGCUUUUGGACGUCGUCGACCGGAAAAAAAUUCACGGGAUGGUGCACUGCUCCGGCGGCGCGCAGAGCAAGGUUGGGCACUUCCUGAACGACGGUCUGCACGUGAUCAAGGACGACAUGCUCCCGGUGCCGCCGCUGUUCCGUCUCAUUCAAGACUGCAGCGGCACGGAGUGGGAGGAGAUGUACAAGGUGUUCAACUGCGGCCACCGCAUGGAGGUGUACUGCGACGCGGCGACGGCGGAGGAGGUGAUCAGAGUCAGCGAGAGCUUCAACGUCAAGGCUCAGGUCGUCGGGAGGGUCGAGGCGUGCGAGGGGAAGUCGAAGGUCACGGUGAAGAGCGAGCACGGCGAGUUCACGUACGACUCGCCGUGA